GGUAGAAGGAUGCUGAGGAUGGAGCUCCCAGGCAAAAGAGCGAGAGGAAGACCAAAGAGAAGGUUUAUGGAUGUGGUGAGGGAAGACAUGAGGGCAGUUGGGGUUAGAGAGGAAGGUGCAGGAGAUAGGCUAAGAUGGCAAAAGAUGACACGCUGUGGCGACCCCUAACGGGACAAGCCGAAAGGAAAAGAAGAAGAAGAAGAUGGCUGGAAAGGGCUACAGAGAAAUUGCCAAGCAGCUUGGUGAAAAAAAAGGUCCACUGUUGGAGCAAUCAUUAGAAAAUGGAAGAACCUAAACAUGACGGUCAAUCUCAAUCGAAGUGGAGCCCCAUGCAAGAUAUCACCUUAUGGGGUCUCAAUGAUCCUUAGAAAGUUGAGGAAUCAGCCCAGGACUACACGACAGGACUUGGUCAAUGACCUGAAAAGAGCUAGGACCACCAUUUCCAAGGUGACUGUUGGUCAUACACUAAGACGUCAUGGUUUGAAAUCAUGCAUGGCACGGAGGGUUCCGCUGCAUAAACCAGCACAGAGACAGCACACACAGGAGAGACCUCAUACAAGUUCACAAGGUGAGAGAUCAAAUCAAUGGACCCCACAACGCUCCCUUUGCCCAGCGUUUGGAUUUAGGAUGGGUUAUAGUAGGGGAGGUUUGCAUCGAUAGUACAUACAAGUCCACUGUAUCAGUCCUUAAAACCCAUGUCCUACAGAAUGGACGCUCAUCUUUUCUGAUGCCCUGCCAGAAUCACAUCAGUGCGAGAGAGAGAGUAGGCUACGGCGGGGAGCACAGACAGUCUACCUCCGCAUAGCUGACAACAUAUCCUGCGUCUGGUGUUACUGCAAAAGAUAAACUCGGACGAGAUGUGUUCGUGAGAACGGAAGUUGAUAACAAACCUGCCUUGUCCUUCGAAGAUGAGACCUUUCUGGAGAUCAUGCAAGCAGAGUUCAGGAGAGAUGAGCAAAACAGUUGGAUCGCUCCUCUACCAUUCAGAACACCCAGACCACACCUUCCAAACAACCGUGCUCAAGCUCUCUCCCGUCUUCAUUCAUUGCAACGCACAUUGAACAAAAAUCCUACAAAUCAGAAUCCAGCUGAUUUAGCCACCAGAUCUGUACCGGCUCACAGACACUAUGUGGUUUACAGGGCCAGAAUUCCUUCACAAACCACACCAACCAGAAACACCCAGAUCCUUUGAGCUGGUGGAUCCUGAGGAAGACGUGGAUGUGAGGCCUCAGCUGACCACUCUUGCUACUUCGCUCAGAGAAAAUGAACUCACUUCAGAACGAUUCCAACGGUUCUCGACCUGGGAGUCCUUGCUGAGAGCAGUUUCCUUCUUGAUCCAUCAGAUUCGCUCACACAGGACAAACUCAACAGUUACAUGUAAAGGAUGGCAUCAGUGUAACCAACCUCGCACUCCAGAAGAGUUAGAAGCGGCAAAGAUCGUCAUAAUCAAAGCUGCCCAGAGAGAUGCUUAUCCAGAAGAGUGUGUCGCACUACUAGAGAACAGGGCCAUACCAAAAUCCAGCACGAUUCUGAAUCUCGACCCUUUCGUGUGUGGUCUCCUGCGAAUAGGAGGACGUCUGAGACAUGCUUCAGUCAAUCCUGAGGUCAAAAACCCAAUCAUUCUCCCGAAACAAAGUCACGUCACAAGAUUGCUUGUGAGUCAUCACCAUGCGAAGGUGAAACACCAAGGACGGCAGUUCACAGAGGGAGCAAUUAGGGCUGCUGGUCUGUGGAUUGUUGCUGGCAAAAGAUUAAUAGGCUCAGUUCUUCAUCGCUGUGUCACAUGCUGCAAGCUCAGAGGAAAACUUGAGACACAAAAGAUGGCUGACCUCCCUUCAGAACGUCUGAGCUCAUCUCCACCAUUCACGUAUGUAGGGUUAGAUAUUUUUGGACCCUGGAAUGUGAUCAGUCGACGCACAAGAGGCGGAAUGGCUCAAAGUAAGCGAUGGGCUAUACUUUUUACAUGUAUGAGCACCAGGGCUGUACAUGUGGAAGUUAUAGAGUCCAUGGAUACUGCCAGUUGUAUCAAUGCCCUGCAAAGGUUCUUCGCCUUAAGAGGGCCAGCUAAGCAGCUGAGAUCGGACAGAGGCACGAACUUUGUGGGAGCCAGCUCUGAGCUGUGUAUGGAACGAGCUGAUCCAGGUCAAGCCUCCACUCUUAAGUUCCUCCACGAGAAUGGUUGUACCUGGGAAUUCAAUCCCCCACACGCAUCCCACAUGGGAGGAGUCUGGGAGCGCAUGAUCGGCAUAACCCGAAGAAUUCUUGACUCCAUGUUGCUGCAAACCAGACAUACUCACCUGACCCAUGAAGUGCUUUGCACCCUCUUGGCAGAGGUAUCUGCUAUCAUCAACGCAAGGCCUUUGAUCCCAGUCUCUUCUGAUCCCACUUCUCCAAUGAUGUUGACCCCUGCUAUGCUCUCGACCCAAAAACCGGGGAUACCUGCUCCACCUGGAGGCUUCAUUGAAAAGGAUCUCUUCAAGUGUCAGUGGAAACAAGUGCAAGCAUUGGCAAACGAAUUCUGGUCUCGAUGGAGGGAUGAAUAUCUCCACACCCUUCAGCCAAGACGCAAAUGGCACACACCACGUCGUAACCUGCAGGUUGGAGACAUAGUGCUGCUGAAGCAGAGCCAGACACAUCGCAACGAGUGGCCGAUGAGGCUUGUCGUCUCCACCUUCCCAAGCAGUGAUGGACAGGUCCGCAAAAUUGAAGUCAGGACGUCGCAAGACAAAAUAAAGACUUUCUUAAGGCCUAUCUCUGAUGUUGUCUUGCUCCUGGCAAAAGAAAAUCUAAGUUAAAGUACAGAUGCUUUAGUGGCACUCGUGCCAGACGGGGAGUGUUCUGCCUCAAGUGUUUAAUAUGUUAAGAAGAUCGAUUUUAUUAGAAAAGAUCUGUUUGUGUUGUUAAUUAUGAGAGUGCAUUGCUGAGCUUUUAUUUUGAAACUGUAGAAUACAGGAAGUAGAAAGCGCUGAGCAGAGCGAAAAAACGGUAAAAAAAAAAAAGCAUGUCAACAGUUGAAAGAUGUAGCACGUUGAAAUCAGCUUAUUCCUGUGCAUGAAUCCGUCAGAAAGCAAUGGCUUUUCACUCCAUUUUCAUUGUGUCACCCGACUUAACCUGUUAAGAAGUCAUUAAAGGAGCAAGCACGCUCACUUCCUGGCUCUUGAAAAAGAGUUUGGCUGGCUGUUUAUUCAUGUUAGCACUUUGGAAGUAAAACACAUGAAGAGAACAGUACAGUACCAAAUAUUAACAAUGUUUCUCUGAGGUGUUCAAAUACUUAUUUGUAGCUGUAUCACACAAAUAAAUCAUUUAAAAAAAAUCACCUAACCUCAUCUGUCAGGCUAUCCAUUACUACAGCAAAUAGGAAGGGGUUCAGCACGGAUCCCAGACGCAGUCCCGCCUCCACCUUAAAUUCUCCUGACACACCUACGGCAUAUCUCACCGUUGUUCUGCUGCCCUCAUACAUGUCCUGUACUAUUUUAACAUACUUCUCUGCCACACCAGACUUACGCAUGCAGUACCACAGUUCCUCUCUUGGUACUCUGUCAUAGGCUUUCUCUAGAUCCACAAAGACACAAUGUAGCUCCUUCUGACCUUCUCUGUACUUUUCCACGAGCAUCCUCAAGGCAAAUAAUGCAUCUGUGGUACUCUUACUAGGCAUGAAACCAUACUGUUGCUCGCAGAUACUUACUUCUGUCCUGAGUCUAGCCUCCACUACUCUUUCCCAUAACUUCAUUGUAUGGCUCAUCAACUUUAUUCAUGCCAUUCAUGCACAUGCAGUACCACAGUUCCUCUCUUGGUACUCUGUCAUAGGCUUUCUCUCACCCUAACCCUACCUUUAGCACAAGGGCUAACAACCUCACCCUCUCUAAACCCUAACCAAAACCACCCCUUUCUAAACCUUCACCCUAGCCUGGGGAGUACCCCUACAUUCUAAUCCCCUUCCCCAAAACCCAAACCCUAAUCACAACUAUCUCUCUUUGAUCUUUGUCAUAUUUUUUUUGAUGUGGGAUAACUUGCUUUUUUAUUUGCUUGUGCUGAUGGAUUGGUUCCCAAUAAAAAUGUAAAUAAAGUUACAAUUUACUAUGUUCAUUAAAGUUAAAAACGGUUGAAAUACGAUUAAAAUGUUCUUUUUGGUUACAUGUAUAUAGUUAUGAUGUGUUACAAUCAUAUGAUCAACAAUGGACUAUCUCUGGAGUUGUAAUACCUUGGAACGCCACUGAUGGGCGCUGUUCCAAGGACUGUGAGCGGAAACAACGAAGAAGAAGACGUAACGCCUACCUCAUGGUGGGAAGCCAUUUUGAUUUUGGGAGUACAAAGGGAACAUGCCUCCAUGUGGAUUAGUUUCUUUUGGACUGCUUUUCUUGGUUUUGAUCAUCAAAACCGACGUUAUUUUACAUGGAGGACACAUUUAAACGCUUGUAAGUGCGAAUUUGUUUUGGUUUUCAAUGUUUGUGUUUAUUUACUAGUGUUUUAUGUCUUUCAUUUUUUUUUUGCUUUUAUGAGUGUGCUUCGGCCUGAAGAAGACUUUGUUUAGUCGAAAUGUUGCCCAGGGUACACUAAUUUGACAUCAUCUCGUUUAUAUUGUUGAUAUAGUUUGUACUUUUAUUUGUUUGAGUUGGAAAAUAUCCAACUUUUCAAUAAAAACAUUUGUUGUCCAUCAACUCCCUCUGGACUGUUUUUGAGAUGUCUGGCGUGUGGACGGUGGUCCGUUAUGGCCGACGUGCCCAAGCGGACCGCCGACAACAACAAAGGAGAGAAGAACAAGGUGGUUGGCGCAGGCGGACGGACUGUGCACCUCCCCCCCAUCCCGGAGGGGAAUCAUUCUCCAUACUCCGGGAGAGGGAGGGGUUGAUUCCCUUCACCUAACCCUAACAAAAACACAAUGUAACUCCUUCUGACCUUCUCUGUACUUUUCCACGAGU